AUGCCGAGAUUCCGUGACUAUGAUGACUUCAACCAACUGUCGCUAACAUCGUUGGAUGGCUUCAUGAUUAUACUGAGCACCGACGGCCUGAUGAUUUACAUAGACGAAAACAUCUCUCUCCUCGGAUAUGCACCUGAUGAGGUUCGGGGCAAAAAAUUACUGAUGCUUCUCCCUGAUGAAGAAAAGAAUGAAGUCUACCAGAAGAUAACUCUCAGACAACCCUUUUCAAACUCAGUAGGAAGACAUGUGGAAUUUGGCUGUCAUUUAAAGAGAGGCGAUGCUGAACAAAAUGGUAACCCUGCUUAUGAAUAUGCAAAAUUUCUUCUGAACAUAAAAGAUAUUACUUUACAAAAUGAGCCUUUUAUAUUAUUUGGUGCCAACAUACCCAGCAGCUUCUACUGUGCACCAACGGACUCAAUUCUUCCUUGGGAGGAUCGGUUUUAUCUCGUGGGGAUGGUUUGUAUAAUCAGGAGUCACAUCCUUAAGAGGGAGAUCAGUUGCGACAUUGAAUAUAAGCAUGCCUCAAAAGUUAAUAAAUGCUCCACAAAUAUGAAUACUUACCAAAUGAUAUAUUGUAAGUGUCUAAACAUGCCAAUAUUUCUGCAGGAGAUUUAUACUAAAAGAGAAGCCGAUAGAGAUGCUCAAAAUUCAAGUGAUGACCAUGCGACUUGCAGCGUCAGAACUGUUCAAGGUGAAAUAAGAAGUUCCAGAUUGGAAAACCUGCGUGAUAAAGCUACUGCUACUACCUCAAAUAUCCAUCUGCUAAAUGAAAGAGCAGCUCCUUUCUCUUUUGAAAAUUCACAGGAUCAGUCUGAUGUGGUGGCUGUUGAAGAAUAUGGACCACAAGAAGCCACUGAUGUGAUUAAGAUAGAAUCUGACUCAUCUUGUAACUCUGAUUCAUCUUCCCUGGAAACUAUGUUUGAUUCUCCAGUGGGAUCCUUGCAGAGCUUUGGAUAUGAACCUGAAGUGGAUCCGGAGAAGCUGAAGGAUCCAAUUGACAUAGAGUUUUCAGUGAGCUCAGAUGAGCUGGAGGAUUCUGUGAAUUCAGUGAGUCUGGACAAUUCACCAGCAGCGUCCUCAGUGCAUCCAGACGAGCCAGACUUUGAGGAAGGCUCACCAAACUCAGAGGGCCCCGUGCUGCAGGAGGUCCUGUCCUCCGCAACCCUGUCAUCAUUUCCUUUUGCUUCCAACACCGGUGGCCAUGAACUGAACCUGAUGCAGAAGUUCAAGGAACAGCUGCAAGUCCGAACUCAGGUGCUAGAGGCUGACAUAACAAGCCAGCAAGAUGCUCUGGAAAUGAUGAAGGAGCAACUCCAGACAAUGCAGAGGUCUGCGUAUCAGAUGCUGACAUCCACACCAGAGCACACUGUGAGUCCUGAACUCAAGCCUGAAUGCUCUGGCCAACGGAAGAGGUCCUUCUCGGAUGUACAUGAGGCCAAACGCUUCUGUGGCCCAUCUCGCUCUUCGCGCUACCUGCAGGAGCAGGAGCAGUACUUGCAGGAACAGCAGAUGCUGCUGCAGCAGCAGAUGGAACAGCUACAGGAGCAGAAGAAGCAGCAACAGCAGCAUGAUGCCAUGCUGGGGAAUCAGACGAUGAAGCUGUGCUUGCCGAGCCAAACUCUGCCGGUCUAUAAUAAACACGUUACAUAUGUGCAGACUCCACCCAUUGUUGUUCCACUACAAAUAAUAACUGAGCAGAAGCCCACUGGUUUCUACCAACAUGCAGAUACUGACGGCCUGGAAGAUUCCAGAAGUGUUGAAUCAACUCUGACAACCUUGGAGACACCUCAAGACUACCUCAAACUUUGGCGUCAGCCUACUCCUCCUCCUCAGCUCCAUGCUGUCUAUGGAGUUAAUCCUUGGAUUGCCAAUGAGCAGAAGACUGGCGUACAGGUGCAGCCCUUGUGGCACCAGGUGCAACUUACUGAUGCAGGAACCCAGCAGCCUCCCAAUGAAGAAGGUUUCCAGGCCUCUGCCACAGACCAAAGGGCCCCUUCUGCCGGUCAGCGGAACAGGAAGCACUUCCAUCCGAAGCCAUGA